GAGAGAGAGAGGGGAAUCAACACAGUUCAUUAGUUCUCUUUCUAGAACACUGACGUUCAGCUCACGCGCCGUCGACCAAAACGUAACGAAACCCUAAAAAAAAAUCGCCACCGACGUAAUGCAAUUUGAAAGCAUGACAUCACUCGUGACGGCACCGGAUGAUAUCAGCUCCGUUGACAUUUACCGCUCCGCACUCGACAUCUACGACACGAGUGACGUCACUGCAAAGUUGCGCGUUGACGUCAGAAUGUGGGAUCAGCUAUCUAGUACUGGGGGCAUUGAUUGACAAUCCAGCAUGAAAAUAUGGGCUUCUGUGCCGAGCGAUUGAUUACUACCGGACAGUUGUGGAGAACCUGAGGGCAUUUCUGAAAUAUCGAAUGUUCAAUUCGCCUUUGCAUCUUCCCCGCUUCUCAUUUCAUUCGCAGUCGUAGAUUUUCGGAGGCUUCGAAGGAAGGUCACUCUUCUUGAAAGUUCUUUUCAAGUUUCUCCGCAAGUAAGCUAAAAAAAAAGCUGGGAAAAAAAUGGAAACAAAGGUGAUUAGUGGAGUACACUUCUCAAGCCUCCCAGCUAGUUAUAUCCGACCCGAAUCCGACAGACCAAAACUUUCCGAAAUUGAGGAGUUCGAUAAUGUCCCCGUCAUUGACUUAGGAUGCGAGGAUCACAACCUAAUCGUAAAACAAAUCGGUGAUGCUUGUCGAGAAUAUGGAUUCUUCCAGGUGAUAAAUCAUGGAGUGUCCAAGGCACUUGUGGAUAAUAUUCUCUGUGUGGCUCAUGAAUUUUUCGAUUUAUCCGUUGAGGAGAAGAUGAAGCUAUACUCUGACGAUCCGACAAAAACUAUGCGGCUAUCGACAAGUUUUAACGUGAAAAAGGAGACGGUUCACAAUUGGAGGGAUUAUCUGAGGCUCCAUUGUUAUCCGCUCGAGAAAUAUGUACCCGAGUGGCCUUCUAAUCCCUCUUCUUUCAAGGAUGUUGUAAGCACUUACUGUGCCGAAAUUCGACAACUUGGGUUGAGGUUGCAAGAAGAUAUAUCGGAGAGUUUAGGGUUAGAUAAAGACAACCUUAAGAAUGUACUAGGAGAUCAAGGACAACAUAUGGCAGUGAACUAUUAUCCUGCAUGCCCCGAACCUGAGCUUACGUACGGAUUGCCAGCUCACACCGAUCCGAACGCACUCACUAUUCUCCUUCAAGAUUUGCAAGUUGCGGGACUUCAAGUUCUUAAGGAUGGGAAAUGGUUAGCAAUAAAACCCCAGCCAGGUGCUUUUGUCAUUAACAUCGGCGAUCAACUCCAGGCACUGAGUAAUGGGAAGUACAAGAGCGUUUGGCAUCGAGCUGUUGUGAAUGCUGAUAAAGCCAGACUCUCAGUGGCCUCGUUUCUCUGCCCUUGCGAUAGCGCAAAUAUUAGUGCCCCCAAGGGACUGACAGGUGGCGAAGAUCCAGCCGUUUAUCGAGACUAUACGUAUAACGAGUAUUAUAAAAAGUUUUGGAGCCGGAAUUUGGACCAGGAGCACUGUUUGGAAUUAUUCAAGAAUUAGUAUCUUUUUUGUCGAUUCCAUCGAAUAAUCGAGAUAUUUUCUGGCCCUUUUAGAUCUCUAGAUCAGAGGAUAAGUGAUGGAAUUAGUUAAUAAUUACAUAUGGUAUUAUAUUUCUGUUUGUGAAAGCUAUUAUUAUUUCACAAGCUUCUGCUUUUCAUUAGUAUCUCAAUAAUGAUUCGAGGCGAAUAACGAACGAUGUCUAAUAAUUAUAUAAUAAUUUACUGUAAUUGUAGGUUUAUUUUAUCCUUUUAAGUCUUA